GAGUACCACUGUUCCUGUCUCCCUUAAUUUGCGUGGGCACUGUGGGCAUCUGCCACGCAACCACCUGUGGAGAAAUUUCUCUACUGGCCGGGAAUGGAUUCGACCCGGCGGAGGAAGGAAGCCGUGAAUGAGCAUAAAGGGACGAAGAGCUUCUCCCCUCACCUCCUCCUCCUCCUCUAGCAGAAGAAUCCCAAUUCAUUCAAGCAACCAACAGGAAAAGACACAACAGAAUCUCUUUAUUCGUCAGAUGGUGCUGAAGUUUUGGCCGUGGUUUCAAGUUCUUAUAAAAUUAUCAAUCUUUCGGUUCAUUGAUGGAUUCAUUCCGUUUUUCCCAUCCUUCUAGGUGCAGAAGACGAAAAGAUUUUAAUUCGGGCUCCUGGAAGAGAAGGCUGACAUGGCUGACAAUUGUGGUCCUGUAGUAGGUGGAGUGGAAAAGGUUAAAAAGGAAAAGCUUAAUCUCAAGCUGAAGAGCAAGAGCACAACCUCCGAAUCAGUCGAUGAAAAUGGUAGAAAGACAGAGACAGAACUUGAAUUAAAGGCGAAAUGCAUAGAGAAAGUGAAGCCGUCCUGCAAGAAAGAGAAGGCAGAUAAACACAAGGUGAAAGAUGAGGAUAAGUCGGUGAAGGCAGAAAAGGAAGCCAAGAAGGAGAAAGAUGAAAAGGAAGGGAAAGAGAAGGCUAAAGACAAAGACAAAGAACUGAAGGAGAAAGAGGAUAUCAAAGAUGAGGAGAAAGAAGAGAAGAAGAAGAAGGAAAAAGAGAAAGGGAAAGACAAGAAGUGCGAGGUUGAAUCGGGUGAGACUAGUGAAGGUGAAGAUGAGAAAAUUAAAAAGGAGAAACACGAGGAUGAGAUUGAAGAGCGAAAAGGAGGCAAUGAUGAGAAGGAGGGGAAGGGAACGGAAAAGAGAGAUGCGGGUAAUAAAGAAAUGGAGAAGGACAGCGAUGAAGAGGAUAGGAAAGGAGAAGACAAAGGCAAAGAGGAGGUCGAGGGACAGGAGGAUGCAGAUGAUAGAAAUGACUUUACCUCAAAGGGCAAAGCCGAACAAGAAGGCCAGGUAGAAAUUCAACAGGACAAGACUGACCAAGAGAAGAAGGGCAAGGGUGAGAAGAAGAGGAAACUUGGUCACAAGGACAAGAAAGAGGACCUUAGCAAGUUAAAAGAGAAGCUGGAGAAGAUAAAUGCCAAGAUCGAAGCACUUCUGGAGAAGAAAGUUGAGAUCAUGAGGCAGAUUAAGGAGGCCGAGAACCAGACGCGAGACAAGAAUGGGAAACCAGCAACUGAUGCUAGCUUCUGAUGCGGUUCAGCAGCAGAUCCUAACGUUAUGAUGUUCUUAACAUCAUACCCCUUGUAAUUUCUUAUAUACUUUUCCUGGUUUCUUGUAUAGGUGACCAAGGAUUUGAACCUGAAUAAAUUGUUUCCGAGUAUUGACUAGUUUA